CGUACAGUCCGCACAGAGGCUUUCUACGCUCGAUUAGAUCAAGAUGUCUGGCCGUGGUAAAGGAGGCAAGAUUAAAGGCAAGGCGAAGAGCCGCUCCAACCGAGCUGGAUUACAAUUUCCCGUGGGCCGUAUUCAUCGAUUAUUGCGGAAGGGAAAUUAUGCCGAACGCGUAGGCGCUGGAGCACCAGUGUACCUAGCCGCCGUGAUGGAGUAUCUUGCUGCUGAAGUGUUGGAGUUGGCCGGCAACGCGGCUCGUGAUAAUAAAAAGACAAGAAUCAUUCCGAGACACCUGCAGCUCGCCAUUCGCAACGACGAGGAGUUAAACAAAUUGUUGUCCGGUGUAACCAUUGCUCAAGGUGGUGUUUUGCCGAACAUUCAGGCGGUACUGUUGCCGAAGAAAACUGAAAAGAAAGCAUAAUCGUAAACUGAUGUGAGACAACAACCUCUGGUUCGCAAUUCGAGCAACAAAUGGCCCUUUUCAGGGCCCCAAAAUAUUCACACGAUGGUACGAUCUCGUCCUGUUUGCUGAUUAUACAAUUUGCUCUGUAUUUCUUAUUUAUACAGUAGUAAGUAGUUGACAAAAAUAGAUGUUAAUCAAUACCAUAAUACGAAAAAACAUUUGAUACCUAGAUAGGUCUGGAACAGUUUUAUU